UGAUUCGAUUGUUUGAGUGAUGUUUGGCCAGGGGCAUCUACCCCGCCUUGGCGGGCUCGCAACAACUACGUCAUAGCCAAUUGUUCAAAACUCGCAUCAACAUCAACCUCCAAUUCCACAUCUCCAUGACCAAAUCCCCUCCAAAUCCAUACAACUGCUCAGAGAUAUCCAUUUCGCCCUGUUCUCUCUUUACCACAUCACCAAACAUGGCAACAGCACUCCUCUCCAUCUUGCAUGCUCUUCAAGCAUCAUUCAGCGCCUACACCCUCUACCUUUCCUCAAUCUCCAUCCGCAACCUCCAAAAAUACGAAGAGACUUCUAAGAAAGCAGCAAAAUACUCCAGUAUCGCAGAGCAACAAUUGCACAAGACCCGUACCACCCAAGCUAGUGGUGCUUUGAGCGCCCUCUUCUCGUUCUUGUGUUCGACGACACUGGCGUUAUACCCAAUUUUCUCUUCGAGGGUCGGGAUAAUUGGUGCGGUGCUGGUGGCGGGCGCGAAUGUAGCAGCGCUGGAAAUGGCAAGGCAACAUGUCGGCGCGUUUUGGAAGGGGAAGGCAAAGGUGCCGCUACCUGGCGUUGGGGAAUAUAAUGAUGCGAUAAGCAAGACGCAGGAGGUGAAACUGAAUAUGGUGUAUUUGGUUGCGAGUUGGACUGCUGUGGGGGUUGUAAGUUUGGUGUUGUAGGAGCAAUAUUUCAGCGGCUGCAAGAGAGGAAACGUACUUGUAGAGAUGUUCGGACCAUUUGACUCCCUGCUCCUGGCAAGAAUGAUCUGACACUCUCGCUGCUCUCUAUUUACUGAAGAAGUUGUCUCUGGAUCCCAGGUAUGGAGAGCGGUACGGAGGCGGAGAUCGAUCGUAUGGAUGAGGUUGAGGAUCGUGCUAGCUGUGGACGGGUGCCGAGGUCGACGCAGACGAAGUAAAAUGCCUUCGGGAGAGGGAACUUCUACGUGAUGUCGAUGUGCUGCAGCAAAGGUCAACAUCACCGAUCAUAUUACCUUUUCAAGACAAGUAAAUCCAGGUAUCGAGUCGAAGAAAGUUCGCUUUGCGACAACUCAAAAAAAAAAUUGUGAAAAAGGUGGCCC